CACUUGUACCUUGACCUUCAGCUCGUCUUCUCCGCGCAGAAACUCGGAGGCUUAUUCGUUCCCAGCGCAGGGGCAGCAGGAGAGGAGACCGCACUAGCAGAAGCUGCCAUGGGUCGCGUCCGAACUAAAACCGUGAAGAAAUCCUCUCGCCAGGUGAUCGAGCGUUACUAUUCCAAAAUGACGCUCGAUUUCCACACGAACAAGAAGAUCCUGGAGGAAGUUGCAAUCAUCCCUUCCAAGCGCCUCCGCAACAAGAUCGCCGGAUUCUCCACCCAUCUCAUGAAACGGAUCCAGAAAGGCCCCGUCCGUGGGAUCUCCCUAAAGCUCCAAGAGGAAGAGCGCGAGCGCCGCAUGGACUUUGUCCCCGAGCAGUCUGCCAUCAACGUCGAGACUAUUCAGAUCGAUAAGGAGACUAAAGAUAUGAUUGUUGCUCUAGGAAUGGGUGAUAUGCAGGGGCUUGAAACCAUCGAUCCUGUCGCAGCUACCGUUGCUCAAUUCGGGUUUGGAAGAGGCGGCGGCCGUGGGAGGUACUGAAGAUUAGUGUGAUAGAGUUAAUGAUGCAAUUGCCUUUUUGCUUUUUCUGGGCUCUAGCUUUCUUAGUUAGUUGAAUGUUGUUGGAGAACUUUUGUUGCCAUUGCUGCUGAUAGGGUUUUGGUCCUUUUGGAUGAAUUGUGGAGGAAAAUGGUGUCCUUGUUCUUCAGGUUUUAAUUUGGAUGAAUUUUUAGCAAGUGAUCGGUUCCGGUUUGCGAAGCAUUUCUCGAUUUAAGUGAGUGCUUUGAUCUUGGUUGACCUAACAUGGAUCUAGGGAUUCAAAUUAUAGUGAAUUACUGAAUUGUGUCACUGUGUACUGUAGUAAAUCCAGAAUUGCGAU